AUGUCUAAACGCACUGCAGAGGCCCCUGAGCGGGUUUCCAAACGCGCAAAGACACCCAGACACAAGGCGAACUAUACCCUGUACAUUAAGAACCUCAAUGAUAAACUUCCUGCUGCAAAAUUAAAGCAAAAUCUCUACAUACUUUUCAGUACUUACGGAGACGUGAUAGCGAUCAAUUGCACUAAUCGAGGGAAGUAUAGAGGCCAAGCCUGGGUUGCGCUGAGCUCGGUUGAAGAAGCCCAGUCAGCUUUAUCCAACCUGAACAACCAGCUGUUUUUUGGAAAACCGCUGGCGAUACAAUAUAGCAAUACCAAAAGCCACAUUAUAGAACAACUCGAACAAGAUAAAAAUGUACUAUAG